AUCAUUGUGCAGAUCUUGUUAGACUGAAAGCACUCAAAUAUCAAGCAGUUGGCAUUUCUCCAAGAGAGAUCAAUCCGAAGCAGAACUCAAGUUUUCCCAAAGCCUGAAACUAAUCAACAAAAUGCCCUCCAACGCUUCUAAAGAGAACAGUGCAAGACUGAGAAGCUUCAAGAACCUUUCCAAAGACAAAGAUGAGAUGAGAAGAAGGCGCAAUGAUGUCACCGUGGAGCUAAGAAAGGCCAAGAAAGAUGAGCAGUUGCUCAAGAGGAGAAAUGUUAACAUUGAGCCAGAGUCACCACUGUCAGAACUAACAUCCAACAAACAGAUUCCCCUGGACCUGUCCCUACCAGCCAUCAUUGAGAAUGUCUGCAACCCAAACCCUCAAAACCAGCUUGCUGGAGUGCAGUCGUGUAGGAAGCUCCUCUCAAAAGAGAAAAACCCUCCACUGGACAGCAUCAUUGAGAGUGGAAUUGUCCCAAAGCUAGUAGAAUUUCUUGGUUGUCAAGAUAACCACAGGCUACAGUUUGAAGCUGCAUGGGCACUAACAAACAUUGCUUCAGGGAACUCAAAACAAACAAGGGCGGUAGUACAUGCAGGUGGUGUACCCAUGUUCGUUGGCCUGCUAUCUAGUGAGUACAAGAACGUUGUGGAUCAGGCUGUGUGGGCACUGGGUAAUAUUGCUGGGGAUGGAACAGAGUGUAGGGACUUCACUACCAAGUGUGGCAUUAUUCAACCCCUCCUAGCUCUUAUCAAACCAACCCUUCAGGUUUCAUAUCUCCGCAAUGUCACAUGGACUAUCUCAAACUUGUGCAGAAAUAAGAACCCAGCCCCUUCAUUCGAGACAGCUCAACAGCUUCUCCCUGCUCUUGCCCACCUCAUCUGCCAUGAAGACAAAGAUGUGGUCAGUGAUGCUUGCUGGGCCCUCUCCUACCUCACUGAUGGAAACACUGACAGGAUUCAAGCUGUAGUGGACUCUGGGGUUAUUCCAAGGCUUGUUCAACUACUGGGCUCCAAGGAACUCACUUGUGUGACACCAGCCCUGAGGUCAAUAGGGAACAUUGUGACUGGAAAUGAUCAUCAGACACAGCUGGUACUCGACCAUGAUGCCCUCCGUUUUUUUCCUCUUCUCCUCACACACUCAAGAUCCAACAUUCAAAAGGAAGCUGCCUGGAGCAUUUCAAACAUCACAGCAGGACAGGCUGCACAGAUCCAAGCUGUCCUUGAUGCUCAUCUCCUCCCUUUGGUUAUUGACGUCAUGAUCAAGGGAGAGUACAAGGCCCAAAAAGAAGCUGUGUGGGCUGUAACUAACCUGACAGCUGGUGGCACAGCAGAGCAAAUUGGGGAACUCAUUCGUCAGGGGGCCCUCAAGCCACUGUGUGAUCUACUCGUAGUCAAAGAAACCAAGAUUGUCACUGUCAUUCUAGACGCUCUCUUGAACAUCCUUCAUGCUGCAGCCAAGGUGAACCAAGCUGAGCCAGUGUGUGCCAUGGUGGAGGAGUGUGGAGGCCUAGACAAGAUUGAGGCUCUUCAGAACCACGAGAACGAAGACGUUUAUCAGCUGGCUCUGUCUAUCAUUGACAAGUACUUCUCUGAUUCUGAGGAGGACCAAACACUUGCCCCAAACACAUCCUCUGGAACAUUCCAAUUCGCACCUGCUGCCAACACUGUUCCUGCUGGAGGAUUCUCAUUCUAAUUGCAAAACACUAAAAAAAAUAACUUCUUUGUUGCUUUGUUUGUGUCCAUUUUGUCUCAUUAUUGCUUAAUUUGUGCAUUUUACUCUACGUUACAUCAUGAGUCCAUAAUCAUGAACUCUUGGUUACAUGUAUUAUUACGAACUUGUUUAUCUAA